UUGAAUUCGAAGUAAUUUUCUGAGAAUAUCUGUUUGUUGCAAUUUAAUUGAGUUAAUUUAGCAAUCAAAUCAAUUGAUACUUUUCGAGGAAAGAAAUUGAGGGAUUUUUUCGAUGUUUCCGAAAAAUUGAAGGUAUAAACUCCAUAGGGUUCAGUGAGAGGGGACAAAUAAAAAGUGUUUAAAUGGAUCCUCGAUGUGUGAAGUGCGGUCGUGGGAUUGAAAAGCUCUACAUUCAAUAUUCGCCAGGAAAUAUCCGACUUUUAAAAUGUGGCAACUGUAAAUCAGUUGCUGAUGAGUACAUUGAGUGCGAGCUCAUGAUCCUCAUCAUUGAUUUGAUCCUUCACAAGCCCCAAGCUUACAGGCACUUGUUGUUCAACAUGCUCCACCAGAAUUCAGAUUUUAACACCUUAUUGUUCAAAUCAUCUUUCUUGUUCCUUUUCCUUGAUGCUUAUAAGUUAUGGAUUUUGAAUGAGAGCUCUGAAGAGUGGUCGGGUUUGAGCUUGGGAUUGAAGAGUUUAGGUUGUGCCCUUUUGGGAAAUCUGGUGUUCUUCUGUGUUCUUUUUGUGUUCUCAAGGAGAUUUUUUACUUUUGUUAAGGGCUUUUCUGGGUAUAAAGAAGUGUUGCUCACUAUGGUUGUUUCAAGUUACUUAAAGGUUUAUAUGUUGUCCAUGUUAGUCUGGGAAUUCCCUGCUUCAAUGGUUUAUAUCAUCGAUUUGUUUGUUAUGUCAUCAAAUCUAGUAGCUUUGCAAGUGAUCACUGAGUCUUCCUUUAGGAGAUGUAUUGGGUUAUGCCUCGGUGCUCAUGCUCUAAAGUUCUUUGUGAACUGGAUGCUGAAAUAGUGGUGAUUUUGCUGUCAAGUUUAUUGGGUUCUUCAUCCACAUAAUUUUUCUUUACUUAUCUUUUUUCUACUCAGAUUCUUGAUGAAAUCUGGAAAAGCACGCUAUAUAAUGUUAUCUGGUUUUCUUAAUCUAGAAGAAGGUUUUGCUCAUUUAAGUUUCACUUUGAGCAUAUAUUCUUAAUUAGAAGCAGGU